UUAAGAAGCACAGAUGGGAAAAUGGCUCCACAUAUACUUUUUCGUGAGAUAUGGUCUAGAAAACCCCUAUGCGAAGCAACAGUUAUAACAACAACACGUCCAACUGCUGUUGAAUGUCUGAGGGAACUUCCUGAAGACUGUUUGAAUAGAACUGUUGAGAUUCUUGGAUUCUCAUUUGAACAAGUCAAAGACUAUGUCACCAAAUUUGCAGAGAGCCAACCAACCAUAUGGGAACACAUACAACAGAAUGCAAAUCUACUUUCCCUCUGCUACAUUCCAGUAAACUGCUUUAUUAUUUGUCAUUGUCUUCUUCAUAGUCCUGAUCCUGUGCUGCCUGUAAAGAUUACAGAGAUUUACAGUAUUUUUGUGAAAAUAUUCUUCCACAAGCGAACUCGCAACAGAGAAGCGUAUGGAUGUUCAAAAUGUGACCUUAGAACUUACAUGUACAAACCCUUUGAAGACCUGAAACCUGAAAAUGAAAAGGUGUUCAAGAGGCUUGGAGAGCUAGCAUUUGAAGGAAUUAGAGAUGGGAAGUUGAUAUUCGAGUCUGUUAAGAUAGAUGCUGCAUUAUUAGAUUGUGAGCUGCUUCACAUUUUACCUGAAAUACCUUCAAAUUCACUGGUGGAGCCCCCUAAACAACACUUUUGCUUCAUUCACCUGACCCUGCAGGAGUUUCUAGCAGCUAAACAUGUGACAGACAAUUAUUCGGAAGAAGAUUUAAAGAGCUUUGUUGAGAAACAUAUCAAUGACGGUGCAUGGCAAAUAGUCACACAGUUUGUGGCAGGGCUUUCCAAGAUCCAUGAAGUCACAUCCAGACUCCUUCCGGAAAGAGUGGCUGAUCAAAAGGAGUGGCCAGUUGGAAAGGACAGAACACUUGCUGUGAAUGUGUGCCACUGCUUAUAUGAAUCAGCUAGUAAGAUGGAGGCUAAAGCAUUGGUGCAGGGAGAUGAAGGAGCAAAGUACAUAGGUGAGGCACUUGAACAUGAGAAUUGUAAACUUACUCAUUUGAACAUGUUUAAUAACAAUAUAGGAGAUGAAGGAGCAAAGUACAUAGGUGAGGCACUUAGACAUAAGAAUUGUAAACUUAAUCAUUUGAACAUCAUUGAUAAUAAUAUAAGAGAUGAAGGAGCAAAGUACAUAGGAGAUGAAGGAGCAAAGUACAUAUAUGAGGCACUUAGUUAUGAGAAUUGUAAACUUACUCAGUUGGACAUCAGCUUUAAUAAUAUAGGGGAUGAAGGAGCAAAGUACAUAGGAGAAGAAGGAGCAAAGUACAUAUGUGAGGUACUUGCACAUGAGUAUUGUAAACUUACUCAGUUGGACAUGUUUCGUAACAAUAUAGGAGAUGAAGGAGCAAAGUACAUAGAAAAAGUGGUAUUUCUAACGUCUGAGCAGUUCAGGGAUUUCGCGAUACUUGUAUAG